AUGGACCCUCGUGGGUCACGGUUCUUGGACCCAUCCUCUGCGAUGGCGGCCAUAACCAAGCACAAAGUUGAGGCAAUCAAGCUUGCUCGAGAACAAGGAAUUGCUGUCCAAGAGAUGUGUCGACGUGCGAAAACUGAUAUUCCACCGUACGAGUUUGAAGAAUUGAUAGGCAAAGGUGCCUAUGGUCGAGUCUACAAAGGUCAUGAAACAAAAUCGGGUCGACUGGUUGCUAUCAAGGUUCUAGAUAUUGAUUCUCUCGACUACAAGUCUUUACGAGAUUUCAGGGAUGAGUCGAUUAAGGACUUCAUUCACGAAACAAAGGUUAUGAAGCAAGUCAAGGACGCAGGGGCAAAGAACAUUAAUGAGCUCAUCGAAGCCAUUUCUAUACAUUCACAAUUGUGGCUUGUUUGCGAGUACUGUCCGGGUGGUAGUGUUCGUACGCUGAUGCGUGCAACCGACGACAAACUUGAUGAAAAAUACAUUAUCCCCAUUGCGCGCGAGUUGGCCGUCGGUCUCCGCGCCAUUCAUGAGGCUGGAAUCAUCCAUCGUGAUGUCAAAGCUGCAAACAUCCUAAUCCAUGAAGAGGGCCGGCUGGAGAUCUGUGACUUCGGUGUCGCCGGUGUUCUUCAAUCACAACGAGACAAAAGAUCUACUUGGAUUGGAACACCACACUGGAUGCCACCAGAAAUGUUCUCAACUCGGGGCGAGGCUCAUCGUUACGGAAGCGAGAUCGAUGUGUGGGCAUAUGGGUGCACGCUAUUUGAAUUCGCAAACGGCAAUCCACCGAACUCGGGCCUGCGAGAGCGUAUGCAAAUCGGCCGCCAACUCAAUCGAAACACACCCAAACUCGAUAGCGAUAGGUACAGCCAAGGCUUGAAGGAUCUCAUCGCUUUCGCUCUUGAUUCCAACCCCGCCACCCGCCCCACGAUGGCAGACAUUCUAACUCACCCUUACAUUGCCGACACUGAUGAGGAGUAUCCCACCUCAACUGUCAGCGAGCUGGUGCGAAACUACUACCAAUGGUCUCAGCGAGGAGGCCAGCGUAUUUCCUUGUUCCACCCAGGCGGUGCGGCGGCAGCAGAACUCCCUGGUGCCGAAGAGUCGGAUGACGAUUGGAACUUCAGUACAACAGAUGGGUUCGAGCGAAGGUUUUCUGUGAUUGAUCUGGAUCAAAUCGCUGCCUCUUUGGCUGCAAUGGAACAAUCAGUCAGCCCGACCGAGACAGCCUCUGAGCAAGACUUUAUUGAUGAAGGCUCCGAGGGCGAAAUGAAUUAUGAAGACAAGGUCAAUUUCGAUGAACGUGUGCGCCGAGGCGCCGAAGCAAUGCAAGGACUUUUCGACGAGGAAAAGCCCAGUUACGUUUACGAAACAAAAAAUGACUUUGUCCCCAUUGAGCCCACCCCGUCCAUCUCAGAUCUGCCUCUCCGCACAGAUACAGAUCGCUCUUCUGUCACAUCAACAUUUAUUGACAUUGAUAUCGGCUCGUUCGAGGCAUCCCAUUAUGCGGCGGGGGCGCCUGCUGCCCAACCUUUUCAACUGGUCGAUGCAGACACUAUUCGCGCGAAUCGUUCCAGCAUUCGCUUGAACAGAAAUUCCAAUGAGAACAGCUCGAAGUCUUCCGAAAGCGGCGUUGAAAGCGAUGGAUCUGCAUCUAUUGAUGAUACAUUCCAGCCGUCCGGUCCACGACCACCGACUAUGGACUGGAAAUUCCCGGUAUUUAUGCAAACUGACGAGGAAAAUCCAGCCGACAGCGAAGAAACUCAUGAUCAAGACCCUACCCCGGCUCCUGGGCAGGAGCCAAUUGAGGAAGAGUCCCUCCAGGCCGAAAAGCGUGCUACUAUGGAAUGGACAUUCCCAGUCAUGGGAUCCGUCCCCGAGGAACAGACCUACACUGAUCGCCACGAUACUCUUCGUGCACCUCUUCCUGGGAUUCAGCCUAUUCCGGAAUCACAAUCAAUAGACGAGCCUGAUGAUUCCCGUCCUUCUACGUCUGCCUCCAACGCGUCUGAUUCGGACUACGAUCCUUUCCGUUUCGACCGCCCAACAACCCCGCCGGGCACAAACUCCCUUCAUCAUAGCCACUUCUUCGACCGCGAGCUCCCUGCAAUGAUGAGCUCAGCUGGCUUUAAUGAGUACGAGUCUUCAGGGAUUCUCGACGGCCCGGGGCCCGACGAAGAAUCCCAGCCUGUGUGGCGAGACUCAAUCGACGGUAGCACACCACCUCUACCAACAGCCAUCCCAAUCCCCGAAACCCCCACUGCGUCCUCUGUGAUUUCUGGCCCAGUCUCGGAGCCCGGCUCUCCGGUCUUCGAAACGAUUCGCAGUGUGCGACGAGCACAGGAUCCAGAAGUCACGACCUCAAGACCUGAGGAAGUCGAAACCAUCCCCUUCCCAUCACUCGUGGCACCCAGCGCUGAGAGCUUGAUGGAGGGUGCUGAUGAUGCCGCUGUGGCAUUUGAGCUUGAUCGGUUGCUGGGCGACUUCCUUGGGUCUCUCUCGGCCACCAGCAAGGCUCUCUCUAGAAUCGCUGUCGCCGGAACCAAUGGCUACGAGGCUGAGAAAGUCUAG